GAUGGAGGUCUGCGACAGCUGGCCAGAUUGCUGGUUUGCAACUUCCGAGCUCUUGAGCAUGGCUACGGAGAGGCAGAUUCUAUCUUGCAAACCCUCAAAGAUCUACCCAUAAUCCCUCUGGCUGACGGACGUGUGGUGGCACUAAGUGGAGAGGGAGUGUUCUUUCCCAUGGAAGAGACCAAGACCAAGAAAACGAAAGCUCAGGCUCAAGCAGGACCACUGUCUGCAUUGUACAAGGAUGUAAGCGUGGUUCACCCCUCUCUGCUGAACUGUUUGGAGCCCCUGGAAAGUCAGCAGAUUCGAGAGCUGCUGAGAAAACUUGGGGUUCAUGAGCUGGAGCCUCAAGAGGUGCUGGAGCAGCACAUCUACCCUUCAAUACGCAACAACAAAUGGAAGUCCAAGCCUGAGUCGGUGAUUGUGAGUUACUUGGUUUUCAUCAAGCAGCACUCCUCCUCCAGCCAGGAGUACUCCGACAUUGCAAUACCCGUCCUGACCUGCAGGGGUCUGCUGUGCCCGGCCAAUGAAAGGGUGCACUUCUCUGAAGAGUACGGCAACAUGGACCUGCCUAAGAAGCUGCCUGGCUGUGAUUGGAUCUUGCUGAGUCCCUGCUACGUGGAGACAGACGGCGAUGUAGCAGGAUGGAGAGAGCUGUUCAGCAGACUAGGAGUCAGAGAUGGUCUCAUGAUUCGCAAAGAAAGACAAACACUCACUGCUACAGAACUGGCCUCCAGUCCCUGGGCAGCUGAAAGUGCAAUGUGGCACCAAACUCCUGGGGAGGGCUGUGUGCUCGAUGACUACCCCUGCGAGGAGUUUCAUGCCUUGGCUACAGCCCAGCUGCCCGGCUCCCUCCUGCUGCAGCAGAGAAUGGCUUUGCUGGAGCUGCUGGAGACCAACUGGGACACUGGACAUCGCUACUCUCAGUACCUCACAGCCCAGGUGAUUGACAGCGAUGGACGACCAAUCAGAAGCACCAGGUCCUCCUUCUACCACUCCUUGUGUCGACUUGAAUGGGUUCCAGCUUAUCGCCCACAGCGAGAAGAACAGUCGGAGAAAAAGUACCUGUGUCCAAGCUCAGUUUAUCUGACAUCCCCUGAAGUCACCGGGCUGCUGGGGACUCACGUCUAUUACGUGGACAUUCACUCCAGCGAGUUCAGCAGAGCUUUAGGGAUGAGAGAAAGUGUCUCAGUGGAAGUUCUGAUGAAGUACCUGAAGGAGUGGUGCGUCAAACCAGAGACAGAUAACCAGGAGCAGAGACGCGCUGAGGACGAGUCAGAGGGGGCAAAUUUCACUUCCACAGUCGAGCACAUCCACAACGUCUACACCUAUCUGCAUACAAACUGUUCCCAGAGCAGCCUCAAGGAACUCUUCCAGCACACUCCUGCUGUGUUCGUAGAGUUUAACAGGCAUAAUGGUGGCUGGUGUUCAGGACGCUUCUACCACCUGAAAGAGGUUUGCUGGAGUGACACAACAACCAUGUUCCACCGCUACAAACAGCUGACUCACAGACAAGACAGCCCUGUCCAGGAGCCCAAAGUCCUGGCUCCUUUCUACAGCCAGCUGGAAGGCAUGAAAGACUUCUUCAUCAGGCUGCUGAAUGUGGAUUCCAGCCCCAACAUGAAGCAGUAUGUUGGUUUGUUGGAACUGAUCUGUUCAUCAUCUCCCAUACCAACUGCUGAAGUGCUACAGGAUGUGUCAGUGCUCUAUGCCAGACUUGCUCAAAAGUGUAAACCUCCAGUAUCUGGAGACCAAGAAAACAUGCCUCAGUACAAACUCAAUCAUGCUUACUGCUCCACUUUGAAAGGUAUGGUGUCUGAUAAAAGGGUCUUCCCAACCAAAGAUAACUGCUGGGUGAGUCUGGCUCGUAAACCCAUGAUUGGUGACAACAAAGAGUUGGAGAAGAUCUUUAAACCUCACAAGCAGGUGUGUCUGCUCAACCUGCCACCACCAGAGAAGAAGGCUGCUCCCAAGAGCAGGACUGGGAACUUUGGUCACGCAGCCUCAGGAGAACAAGUUCCUAACUUCAAUGAGAAGGACAGGUUUUUGUUUCUGGAGAUCUGUGGAAUCCGUCAGCUUUCAAAGUGUGUCAAGUCUGAGCCUCAGACUGAGAACCUGAGACCCUGUCCGUCCAUGCAGGACAUGGUGCGCUCAGUUAUCCCCUACAUCCAGAAGUUCCUCUACCACCACGAGGAGAUGAAUGACGUCUACUCAGAGCUGACGAACAACAACAUAGCACAGAAAAUCAAGCACCUUUCCUUCGGGCAGGUGGGCAAGCUGUACAUUCACCACCAGCUGGAAGUUGCUGAUGAUGAAGACGCAGUGAUAGAGUUGCAGGACGUUAUCUGUCUGCUGAAGGACGAGAAGGAGCUCUACAUCCAGAAAGAUCACCUCAACUCCAAGCUGGACAUCUGCAGGGAGCUGGCGACCCUGUUCUGCAAAGAGACCAGCCAUAGGAAAGAGCUGACACAUUUCCUGAGUGGCCUAACCUCGCUCAAUGACCCGAGAGACCUGAAGAGAUUCUUGAACCAAGCGGACAUCAGAGACCUGCCCAGUGACGAGGAGCAGUGGGAGGUCCCAGAGCCUCCCAAACCAGAGGUCACCCUGGACAGAGUGCUAUCAAGGAGCUACUCCUCCAUCAGCUCCCCAGAGGAGCCAUCUCGCCCUGCACAAGAGGAUGGGGAGCAGACGCUGGCUUGCUGGCCUCCAAGAGCAUCUAUGCUGAACACAGGAAGCAGUCGCACAGCAGGUCAGGGAGGUAGCAGUGUUGUCGAAGCCGUCAUGAAAAUGUGGCCUCCUCCUGCUGCACCUAAAGAUCGAGACCCAGAGAGGGAAGUGUCCCCCAGAGACCACGAGGGCAACCAGCCACCCAGGAGCAGCAGCAGCAGCAGCAAACCUCCAGACCAGCCCAUUCCUCAGAGAGUCCUCAACCAUGCAGGGCAGCCGAACGCCACUGCAGCGACCAACAACAGCCCACAGCCUCCAGAGCGCAUCCAGCAGAGUGACCCCACAAAGUCAGACAGAGCUGAGGCCAACAAGGAAAACCUCUCCGCUCCCAGACCAACACCCAGUCCUCCGUCUGCACAGCCUGCCGAGGCCACCAGCGAGCAGCCGGCUCCAAACAGCCUCGCCGUCCCUGAGGCUGUGGUGCUUUCCACUACUUUCCAGGGGACUGCAGCUGCUGCAGAGGCUCAGCGUCCUCCUCUGAACCUGAACUUCCCUCUCUGGAACAAAGACCAGCCUCCACCGGCCACACUGGAGGACAUGGAGCUCACCUGCCAGAGACCCACCACUGUGGUGUUAUCUGACGACCAGAUGGACGUCGCAGCGAUCGGCGAGUGGGGGGAGCAGCUGGUCAACUCCUUCCUGUGUCACUGGAAGGAUAGCGGAGAUCCCGGACGACCCUUGAGCAUCCUGUGGUGCAACCAGAGCGGAGAGACCGGCCAGCCCUAUGAUUUCAAACUCACCUUCGCGGCGGGAGCAGCACUGGAGGUGGUGUACGUAGAGGUGAAGGCGACGGUAAAGAAAGAGAGGUCGUUCAUCCACCUCUCCGCCAACGAGCUGGACUUUGCACUGAAGGAGAAGGAGCGCUACCACAUAUUCAGAGUGUACAGCGCAGGAGACGCUCAAAAUGUCCGCCUGUGUCGUAUUCAGAACCUGGCGCAGCAUCUCCACACCAAAGAUUUGGCACUUUAUCUGUUUGUAUAACUCUUUUUAAGGUCUGUGGAGAUAUUUGCACAGCGUCAACUUAAACAGUCCCCUCCAGGUGUUUUCUAUGCCUUUUAAAAUUAAUCUUAAAUGCACUGAUUUGAGUUCUUUCUAGAUGUGCCCACGUUACUAUCUUCUGUAUUAUUUUGCCUGCUCUUUUGGAAAAGACUAAUUUUGCACAUUGUUUUCUAUUUUUAAAGUGGUCAGUACUUAAUGUUUUUAGCACUUUGUACCCUGCCCCCCCCUCACCUUUACUGAAGCAUUCCAUUCAAAUAAAAUCUGUUUUUUCUGCCA